GGAGCGGGGGUGCCGGCAGGCGCCGCGGACAGCCUGCCGCGCCGGUGACGAGGAAAGCCCCUUGGCACCGCCCCUUGGCGCCGCGGAGGAGGAAGGCUUUGCUGUUGAGGGGAAGGAGGCCGGAAUGCCGCUCUACGAGGGCCUGGGCAGCGGCGGGGAGAAGACGGCUGUGGUGAUAGACCUCGGCGAGGCGUUCACCAAAUGUGGGUUUGCAGGAGAAACAGGUCCCAGAUGCAUUAUUCCCAGUGAAAUAAAGAAACCUGAUGUUGCAAAGCCUGUCAAAGUUGUCCAGUACAACAUUAAUACAGAAGAGCUCUAUUCAUAUCUGAAGGAAUUCAUCCACAUGCUGUAUUUCAGGCAUCUCUUGGUGAAUCCCAGAGACCGUCGGGUUGUGAUCAUAGAAUCUGUCCUGUGCCCUUCACACUUCAGAGACACUCUCACAAGGGUCCUUUUCAAGCACUUUGAGGUACCUUCUGUUUUGUUUGCUCCAAGUCAUCUAAUGUCUCUGCUGACACUUGGGAUCAAUUCUGCCAUGGUGCUAGACUGUGGGUAUGCAGAAAGCUUGGUGCUGCCUAUAUAUGAGGGAAUCCCAAUUCUGAGCUGCUGGGGUGCUCUUCCUCUGGGAGGAAAGGCUAUCCACAAGGAGCUGGAGUAUCAGUUGUUGGAGCAGUGUACAGUUGAUACAGGAUUAGCCAAAGGACAAAGCCUUCCAUCUGUGAUGGGUUCAGUUCCAGAAGACAUAGUAGAGGAUAUAAAAGUCCGCACCUGUUUUGUGAGCGAUCUCCAGCGUGGACUGAAAAUCCAAGCAGCCAAGUUCAACAUUGAUGGCAGUGCUGAGCGUCCUUCACCUCCUCCAGACGUGGACUAUCCAUUAGAUGGGGAAAAGAUUCUGCAUGUAGUUGGCCCAAUCAGAGACUCUGUGGUGGAAAUACUCUUUGAACAGGAUAAUGAAGAGACAUCUGUUGCCACUUUGAUCUUAGAUUCACUCAUUCAGUGUCCCAUAGACACCAGGAAGCAGUUGGCAGAGAACUUGGUAGUUAUUGGAGGCACUGCCAUGCUGCCAGGAUUCCUUCACAGGCUCAUGGCUGAAAUCAGAUACCUGGUGGAGAAACCCAAGUACAAAGAAAUCCUUGCCACCAAAACCUUCAGAAUUCACACUCCACCUGCCAAACCAAAUUGUGUGGCCUGGCUGGGAGGAGCCAUCUUUGGAGCACUUCAGGACAUCCUUGGGAGCCGAUCUGUGUCUAAAGAAUAUUACAGCCAGACUGGUCGCAUACCUGACUGGUGCUGUCUUAAUAAUCCUCCUCUGGAAAUGAUGUUUGAUGUUGGAAAAGCACCCCCACCACUGAUGAAGAGGGCUUUUUCUACUGAGAAAUAAGCCCCUAAAUGCUAGGCAAGGAUUCCUCUCAUCUAUUUCAAAUAGAUUAUCCCUGCAUUGGCACCUUUGGGGUUUUGUAAUAAGUAAUAUGUGUGUAACACUGUUAAAUAUCAACCAUGUGGAUGUCUGGGGUGGGGAGCAUGUGGGUAGCUACUAAUGCUGUUUAAAACCAGCUAAAAAACUUAAUUCUGGCAACUACUAUGCUGUUUUUCUCCACUUGUGAAGAAAUUCUGUACCAUCACGAGUUGCAGCCUGUUGAGUUGUUUGUUAUUUAUCUGUACAGUAAAUGACAUUGUAGAGAGAAUUUGGUUUAAGGCAUUUUGGUGUUGGGUAUGGUUAGGAGAACGAGGGAUGGAUCACUGCAGGAAACAUUGGUGGAAGCUUUUCUACCAAGUUCUGUGUUAGAAUAUUCCACCCCUGCAUCACAUAUGAGGAAAUAUGUGGCACUUGGUGCCAUGGUCUAGCCUUGAGCUCUGUGGUAAAGGGUUGGACUUGAUGAUCUGUAAGGUCUCUUCCAACCUGGGUGAUACUGUGAAAUCAUUUGGGGUCCUUUAGUAAAGGUGCUGGAAGAGUGUUUGCCCUGGACACAGUCUUCCUUGGAGAGUUGUGGCAGAGGGUUCCUCUGCCUGUAAUUUGCACAUACUGCUAACAACUCUUCCAGUGUCUCUCUACCAAGAAAGAGUUCAAUCAUGGUUGAAGAGGAGGCUGAGAGGAGAUCUUAUUGUCCUCUGCAACUGCCUAAAAGGAGGUUGUAGUGAGGCUGGAGCUGGUCUCUUCUCCCCAGUUACUAAUGAUAGGAGAAGAGGAAAUGGCCUCAAGUUGCAUCAGGGGAGGUUUAGGUUGGGUGUUGGGAGGAAGUUCUUUCCUGAGCAGGCUGCCCAGGGAGGUGGUGGAGUCACCAUCCCUGGAGGUGUUUAAAAGCAGAGUGGAUGUGGUGCCUGAGGCAAUGGUGCAGUGAUGAAGGCUGCUGGGAUGAAGAUUGGACUGGCUGAUGCUGGUGCUCCUUUCCAACCACAGCGAUUCACAGUGAUCAGAUAUUGUGCUGAGGGCUUUGGUUUAGUCAGGGACUUGUCAGUGUGAAACUAAGGAUUGGACUGAUGAGCUUGGAGGUCUUUUCUACUCUAGGAAAUUCUGUGAUUCUAUGGUUGAAUCCCCAUUCCUGCAGGUAUUUAAAAGACACACAGAUGUGGUGUUGAGGGACAUGGUUUACUACUAGACUUGGUGAAGUUAGGUAAUGGUUGGACUUGAUGAUCUUAAAGCUCUUUUUCAGCCAAACAAUUGUGUGAUUCUAUGUAACAAUUGUAAACAGGAGUGCAAAGAAGUCUGGAAUCUCUUACUGAAAUAACAAGCUCAGAAGCCACUUCUUUGUCUUCCUUUUGUCAGACAUAUUAAACUUCGUUGUCCCACAA